CUUCUUCCUCCUCCUCCUUCUCCUCCCCCUCCUCCUCCUUCCUCCUCCUCCUCCACCACCUCCCCCUCCUCAUCCUCUUUUCACUCCUCCUCCUCCUUCCUCCUCCUCCUCCCUCUCCUAGGAGCCCUCUCCCCCCUUCUCCCAGACGCCUACCUCUCCCCCCUCACCUCCUCCCCCCUCCCCCUUUCUACCAUGCCCGGCAUGAUGGAGAAAGGGCCUGAGUUCCUGGGGAAGAACCGCACGGCCAACGGCAGUACCAAGAACCCGGCCGGCAGUGGCGGCGGCGGCACUUCGUCCACCAACGGCGGACUCCACUACUCGGAGCCCGAGAGCGGCUGCAGCAGCGACGACGAGCACGGUGAUGUUGGGAUGAGAGUCGGCGCCGAAUACCAAGCUCGGAUCCCUGAAUUUGAUCCUGGUGCUACAAAGUACACAGAUAAAGACAAUGGAGGAAUGCUUGUCUGGUCCCCAUAUCAUAGCAUUCCAGAUGCAAAAUUGGAUGAAUAUAUUGCAAUUGCAAAAGAGAAACAUGGCUACAAUGUUGAACAGGCACUUGGCAUGUUAUUCUGGCAUAAACAUAACAUUGAGAAGUCCCUUGCUGAUCUCCCUAAUUUCACUCCCUUCCCUGAUGAGUGGACCGUGGAAGAUAAAGUCCUCUUUGAACAAGCCUUUAGUUUUCAUGGGAAGAGUUUCCACAGGAUUCAGCAAAUGCUUCCAGAUAAGACUAUUGCAAGUCUUGUAAAAUACUACUAUUCUUGGAAAAAAACUCGGUCUCGGACAAGUUUGAUGGAUCGCCAGGCUCGAAAAUUAGCCAACAGACAUAAUCAGGGUGACAGUGAUGAUGAUGUGGAAGAAGCACACCCGAUGGAUGGGAAUGAUAGUGAUUAUGAUCCCAAAAAAGAAGCCAAAAAAGAGGGUAAUGCUGAGCAGCCUGUCCAAACUAGCAAGAUUGGACUGGGUAGGAGAGAGUAUCAGAGUUUACAACACCGACAUCAUUCUCAGCGUUCUAAGUGCCGUCCACCCAAGGGCAUGUAUCUGACUCAGGAAGAUGUGGUCGCAGUUUCUUGUAGUCCCAAUGCAGCCAACACUAUUCUCAGACAACUAGAUAUGGAGUUAAUCUCCCUAAAACGUCAGGUUCAAAAUGCUAAGCAAGUAAACAGUGCACUUAAACAGAAAAUGGAAGGGGGAAUUGAAGAAUUCAAGCCUCCUGAGUCAAAUCAGAAAAUUAAUGCCCGUUGGACCACAGAGGAGCAGCUUCUAGCAGUGCAAGGUGUCCGCAAAUAUGGUAAAGAUUUUCAAGCUAUUGCAGAUGUAAUUGGCAACAAGACUGUUGGCCAAGUGAAGAACUUCUUUGUAAACUACAGGCGUCGGUUUAACUUAGAGGAGGUAUUGCAGGAGUGGGAAGCAGAACAAGGAACCCAGGCUUCUAAUGGUGAUGCUUCUACCUUAGGGGAGGAGACAAAAGGUGCUUCUAAUGGGCCCUCAGGAAAGAGCACUGAUGAAGAAGAGGAGGCACAGACCAUUCAGGCCACCCAGUCUCUGGGCCCAUCACCUCCUGCCCCAGCUUCCACUCCAACUCCAGCAGCCCCCAUUGCCACUCUGAACCAGCCUCCACCACUGCUUCGUCCAACACUUCCUGCUGCCCCAGCUCUCCAUCGGCAGCCUCCACCACUCCAGCAGCAGGCCCGCUUCAUUCAACCUCGGCCAACUCUCAAUCAGCCACCCCCACCUCUCAUUCGCCCUGCUAAUUCCAUGCCUCCCCGUCUAAACCCAAGACCAGUUUUGUCGACAGUUGGUGGCCAACAACCACCUUCACUGAUUGGGAUUCAGACAGACUCACAGUCUUCAAUGCAUUAAGGAAAUGAAGUUGGACAGAGCUGCAGUAACUUCUAGUCCCACCAGAAUGCCAGCAUUCAUCUGGCUGUUGAAAAAGAGAGAAAGGGGAAAACCUUUCUAGAUAUUGAAGCAGAGAGUUUCAGAGUGAGGCUGCAAGUCAAUAUAUGUUGUAAUGAAACAACAUAAGUGAACGUCUACAUAAUUUUUCAGUGCACCAGACUAAAAUAAUACACAACAUGAAGCCUCCAAUUAGCCCUUUUUUCUAUGAAUAUUUGUUCAAGGAAAUUUCCCACAAAAGGAAAAAAAAAAAAAAGAUUGUGUUCUGUGCACCGAGGUUGUUUAAUUUUUACUGUAUUUAUUUUACUGGAGUUCUUUAUAUUCCAAUCUCUUUAUAUUCAAAGUUCAUAGUACAAGAAUAUGUCUAUUUAGAAAUUGUGAAAACUCCAUAGACUUUGAAAUUAAUGUGGAGUUUGGCUUUUUUGUUUGCUUUCUCAGUUUAAUUUUUAAAAAAAUAUUUUCCUAUGUUAGGAGUGAAAGAAUAAAUAGCCUGCAUUUCAGUUUUUGGCAAAUGUUCUAUAAGAAAUAGUACAAUUCAAUGCACCUUUUAAAAAAUGCAGCAGCUUGACCUUUUUUUUUUUUCCUCCAAAAAACAUUGCAUUCUUUCUAAUGGAAAUUUAGGAUAUAUAUGUGUGUGUGUCUAUAUGUAUAUAUCUAUGCAUUCCUUUGAAAGAAAGCAAUUUAAUCAAUUGCAAAGCAAUUACAUGAAGCCACAAAGAAUGUACUGAAUUUAUCCCUCUUAAGUGAUGUUGGGUCUUAAUACAAAGUUGAAUUCCUCAUAUAAAGGUUAUUGGCCCAUCAUCUACAGUAAGAGAGCUUACUACCAGUAUUGAACUGAUUCUUUUUACUUUUCAUUUAAGAAUGAGGGUGUAAUCUGUUAAAGUAUACUGUCUUUGUUUAAUUCCUUUUAAGACAAAUUCUUUUAAGAACAUUUUUUUCCUAAAUUGUUAAAUACUACAUGCUUUAAACCAAUAGUUGCAUGUAACAGCUACUAUUUGGAAGCUAUAGAAGAGAGUGUCAUUUUAUUAAUUAUGUGAAGGUGGUGGCUAUGAAAAGUUAUCUUUUUGAAAUUUGGGUUUUCUGAACUAAAAAUCGCCCCCCUCUCAUUUCAUAUGUUUUAUCUUUAAUGUUUUAUUGAUCAAUCUCCAAUGUGCUAUUUGGAUGCAUUUGUGAGUGUUCUUGCAGCACAUGAGCUUUGUCUAGGAUUUAAUCAUCAAAAUUAUUUGUUUAAAAAUUAAGAAUUUGAUAUAUGAUAUCUAAAGAUAUAUCGAGUAUGUUCAUUAAUUGUGCUGUUAACUAAAAUAGAAGUGCUGAGAUGAGAGCCUUUGUUAAGGCACCACUAUCUGUAACCUUUUCCAAUCAUUAUGUAAUUAUCAAGUACCUGCUAAGUGCUCUGUAGCACCAUGUGAUGAAAGAUAGUGUUUCAGCAGUCACAGUUUUGAUACAGAAAUUUUGAAUUCAUUAUUGGAAUCAUGACAUUGAAAAGGGAUGGCUUUGUGGAUAUAGUGCAAUUUAAGGUUAAAUUCCUAAUUUUUUAGCCUUAAGUGCAUUCUCAUAGCAGAAUUUCUUUAGCUGAUCCAAAAACAAUUCCUAAUAACCCUUAUAUUAUAGAGAGCUGAUUUUUCCUGACAUAUUGGAAAAUUAACCCGUUGGGUUCUUCAAUGCCUUGAAGCCAGUCUAAAUUUUCCUGAUUGGUUUUGAUGCUAAAAGGUACUACCACCUUUAACAUGGGUCUUUAAAGUUUACUUAGAAGCAGUUUUCCCAAAUACUAUAACUUUUUCAAGUAGUGCCAGUUUUUGACUAUUGGAAUAACUAAAUAUAUUCCUGACUUCUUAGAGAAACCAGAUGAAAUCUAACCCGUCUCCAAAUUUUCAAAAAUCCACUUAGAGCAUUUUGAAUUUAAAAUAACUAUUGGAGACAGUUACAGUAUCUUAAGGAAAGGUAUCUAAAGUAUUUUUUUUAAGUAUUUAGAUUGACUCUCACAAAUGUGCACACUAUACCUUUGCAACCUUUUUUGUCUUGUCUCUUGUCAAUAGAACUUCAGUAUACAGUAUGUGGGGUGUGUCAGUAAAGUUGGUCAACACCAGCAUCUAUCAAGCUUUUAGUACUUCGUGAUUCAGUUAAAAUCUGUUCUUUCCCAGACGUGGGCCAAGGUGCUGUAUCUGAGGGAUGUGCUACAAUUUGAUUUACAUACAUUAGAGCACAUAGUAGGGAAAUCUUAGCUUCAGUAGAAACAUAACAAAUGUAUAUAGUGAAAUGUCUUUUUUAUCGUGUGCUUUGCAUAUUAUGUAAAUACUUUGCACGUCUUCCCCCACUCCCAUCCUUUUUUUUUCUUCUCUUUUUUCUUAUUUUUUUCUUUUCUCUCUCUCUCUCUCUUUUUUUUUUUUUUUUUUUUUGGUUAAAGCAGUGUUUGGCCUAAAAGAGUGAUAUGCUUGCUGCUUAAUCAAAGGAUUAAAAAUUUAAAGAAGUCUGUGUCUUCUAUUUUUAUAUAAUUUAGCACCAUGUGAACAAAUUAGAAUCUUUUUACUGUGAAAUUUUAUAUUAAGGAAAGACAUCAAAAUACCUAAAAUUGCCAUUUUUGUUCAUUUCAGGGUAAAACAUUUUGAAAACUAAAUAACUUUGGUAACUUCUAAGAAAUCACCAAAGUAUUUUUCUGCUUAUUUAAAAAAAUAAAUGACAUGUUGACACCUCUAAUAAA